AUGACCAAAUCAGCGACAGAGCUGAUUGCUCUUGCUGUUCUUUCAACAUUACUAGUUUUCAUGCCUGAUCAAACUGAAGCUGGUUACUGUCGUCAACUUUGCUUGAAACAUGGUUAUCUACAUGGAAUUCAAAUAUAUGCACGCUGUCUUUGUUGUCACAAAAUGGAACGUGAUAAACGAAACUCAACGUCAACAGCAGCAGCAGCAGCAGUAGAAGUUUGGAACGCACAUACUGGCCAUCGUAAGAAUUCAGUCUAA